GUUUCAGUGUGAUGUCCUUUUAUUUUUUUCUCUCUCUGCAGACACAGCAGAGUACAUAUUAACAUGAGACUCCAGCAUGCAAAAAAGCAAUAAAAAAAAACCCGUACUGCAACCGAAGUCCGAAACAGGGGUCCACACAGUGACGCCACAUGGCUGCUAACUUCGUUACCCUGUUGUUGGUAGCAGGGCAAGAUGGACAGGCUGAACGCGAAGCUGUACCUGCAGAACUGCUACAUCAUGAAGGAGAACGAGCGGCUGCGCAAGAAGGCGCUGCUGCUGAACCAGGAGAACCAGGCCCUGCUCUCCGAGCUCAAGCAGCGGCUUGCCAAGACGGCGGCCACCAAGGUUAACAGCAAUGGCAACGCCGCCGCCGGCGGCCGCGCGCCCCUCCCCGACCUCAACUCCGCCCCGCCGGCGCACGGCCAUGACAAGGGGGCGCCCAAAUCCAAGAAGACGAUGGCAAAGUAAUGCAGGCUUCGCAGCUGUCAUGGACUCAUCAUGAUCUAUGUAGUUUGUAGCCGUCAAGGGUUUUAGCUCUGGGAGUCAGGAAUGAUGUUUGCUUAGUCUUUAGCUGCAUGCGCGCCUAGUGGGUUUUAGCAGGGUCCUUACGGAUGGAUAUGUAGAGCUAGAUCAACUAGGAGUAUAUAUACAUAGUUGGGUCGCUGUGUGCUACAUGGCAGUGAUGUUUCAGCAGCUCUUGCUUUCCUGUCCUGGCUUUCGACAGCACCACUCGAGCCAGAAUAUGCAAAUGUCAUUUACUGCUUGUUUGAUGAUAAUGUGCCGGGCUAAUUUAAUGCA